AUGGAGAGAAAACACAGCAAGUGGGUUUGUUACUGUAGAGAGAGCAGAAAGAGGAGGGUGAAGCAUGAACGAAAGUAUCUUCCUGAUCUGAAUUACCCUCCUCCUCCUGAAGAAUCAGAAUCAUCUCCUCACAAUCACGAUAAGAAGAGGGUGAAGUAUGAAAGAAAGUUUCUUCCUGAUCUCAAUUAUCCUCCUCCUCCUGAAGAAUUAGAAUCAUCUUCUUCUUCAUUUCCUCACAAUUACCUUAAGCUUCCGGAGAUUUCUCAUGAACCCACUGCUGCUGCUUCUGCUUAUUCCUCUAAGAAGCUUAAGAUGAGAGAGAGUGGGAGUAACUUUCACUGGUUCAAAGCAUGCUGUAACAUGAUCAUAAAUUAUAUCAUGUCCAUUUUCAACAAGAACAACAAGAAGAAGGAUGACUAGUCUGCACAAUCACUCCAACCCUCUCUUGAAAAGCUAUUCCACAACAAUGUUAUAUGUAUUUCAGUUAUGUUUUAAGCUUCUAUCUUUUUCUUUCUGUUCUAU